AUGGUGCACAGGAUCCUGUUCUGGACCGGCUUCGGCGUGAUCACGCGGGCCUGGCAGCUGGGCAUCGAGAUGCGGCCGCUGUUCGAGCGGAGCCGGCUCUGGGCGUACCCUUUGUUCGGCGGCGUGGGGGCGAGCUUCGGAUACUGGCUGCAGGGAGUCGACGAGAGGCAGACGGCAGUGCUCCAGGAGCGGAGGAGCGCCAUCUUGGAGAAGCGAGCGCGGAGGGCGCAGCGGGAGGCCGAGAGCACCGAGGCUACCACCGCAUGA